UUAGUUCAGAGUGUUAACCAGGAAGUGUAACCAGGAAGGGACCCCACAAGGCAACAAAACUACUCUCUCAUUGUUAUUUCCAUAAACUAUAUUUUAAGAAGUUCAUGCAUCAUUUGAUCAUUUGCACGUCAACAGUGUGAGAAGCAACAAUGAGUUUGACAGAAGCGAGUGGAUUGAUUCUCUUCCUUCUCUCUGUCUCAGUGGCACAGCGUUACAGCGGGAGCGUGACAUACACCUCUACUCAGAUCUGUGCUUUAAAAGGAUCAACAGUGGAAAUGCACACAGACAUAUCCACAACUAAAUCAAACAGCCGUGACAUUGCAGCUAAAGAUACAUUUUGGUAUUUUAAAAGGAAUUAUUAUACAUCUGAGGAUCUGAGAAAACACAGAGACUACAGAGAUCGUGUGAAGUAUUAUUCUUCUAUGAACAGAUGCACUCUGACAAUCACAAACGUGAAAGAGAGUGACUCAGGUGUGUACUAUUUCAGUUUAAUAAAAAACCCACGAAAUGGAGGACAUCCUAAUGAACCUGGAGUCACUUUGUCCGUCACAGCCCAUCCAGAGCUACAGGUGAAAAUCCAGCCACCAUUCUACGAUUAUACUCAGGUGGAGUGUUACAGCAGCUGUCAGUUACCUGUUCGUCACUCCUACAUUUGGUACAAGAAUGGACAGACAGUCUGGGGACAAACAUCUAACGUAUUAUACAGCCCUGAUAGUUCUGGCAGCUAUUCCUGUGCUCUAAUGGGAUAUGAGGAUUUCCUGUCUCCUUCAGUGUGUGUCGAUGGUCGGUCCUGCAACAGAGUGUCGUACACUGACAGAAGCAUCUGUGUCAUCAAGGGCUCGUCAGUGGAUGUUUCUUGUAAUUACAGCAGUUAUGAAGGACAUGUCGAAUCUAAAUUCUGGUUCAGACAUGAACUACAUCAGCAGCCUGUGGACAUUACUAAAGCCUUCCAAGAUUCAGGCCGCUUUCAGGUUCUUGAAACAGAGACAGGACGCUCCACUCUGAGAAUCACUGACCUGAGAGAGAGCGAUUCAGCCGAGUACCGCUUCAAAUUCAAAACACCAAGCUUUGAAUGGAUGAGCAGUUUACCUGGUACAACUCUGAGAGUCACAGAUAUUCAGGUGGUGGGCACUUGGAGUACUACAAAACGGCUGAAGUGUGACUUGACUUGUCAUCCACCUGGUUCUUCCAUUGUUUGGUUCCAAAAUGGUGUAAUAAUGGAGGGAAAAAGUUCUUCUUAUUUGUAUGUCUCAUCUGGCUAUGGAAACAGCUAUUCAUGUGCUGUAAAAGGAUUUGAGAAUUUCCCCUCUCCUUCAGUCUGUUUCUCUGGUCAGAACUGCAAGAAAGUGGUUUACACUCAGAGAAGAAUUUGUGCCCUUGAAGGCUCAUCAGUGGACAUUUCUUGUGAUUACAGCACCAAUUACAGUCCCAUUGCAACAUUGUGGUUCACAGCUGAACACAAUCAUCCGUGGCCUGAUCUGUCAGAGCCAGAGGACGUUCGUCAGGAUGUUCGGUUUUCAGGUCGUGUUCAUGUUGAUGAGACAGAGACAGGACGCUCCACUCUGAGAAUCACUGGCCUGAGAGAGAGCGAUUCAGCCGAGUACCGCUUCAAAUUCAAAACACCUUAUUUUGAAUGGAAGAGCAGUUUACCUGGUACAACUCUGAGCGUCACAGCUCUGCGGGUGCAGGUGACCAGAGUAAUCGCAGUCCACCAGUCUCACACCACGGCAGAGCUGAAGUGUCACAGCGUCUGCAGUCCCUCUGGUUCUUAUGCCUGGUUUCAGAACGGAUGGGACAUUCAGGAAGGGAGUUCUUUUUAUACACACGAUUUUCAUCCUGGAGACAGCAUCGCCUGCGCUUUCAGAGAUAAUGUGGAUUACCGCUCUCCUUCAGUGUAUCCCCCACAGUUUGCCUCAGUAUCGGUGACCCCCUCUGGUGACAUAAUGGAGGGCAGUUCAGUGAAUCUGACCUGUAGCAGUGAUGCUAACCCAGCAGCUAAAUACACAUGGCACAAGAACAGCCAAAGAGUGAUCAAUGAAGAACCACAGCUUGUCUUCAAGACCAAGUCCUCUGACUCUGGAGAGUAUUACUGCACAGCUGAGAACGACCUGGGGAGGACAUCAGCUGCAGUCGUCUCCAUCAGUGUGAAAUAUGGUCCACAGACGUCCACCCUGUCAGUGAGUCCCUCUGGUGAGAUAGUGGAGGGAAGUUCAGUGACUCUGACCUGUAGCAGUGAUGCUAACCCAGCAGCUCAUUAUACCUGGUACAAGGAGAACCAAACACUGCUUCAAGGACCAGAGGACAUUUAUCAUUUCUCCUCCAUCAGAUCUGAGGACAGAGGGUUUUACCAGUGCAAGUCUGAGAAUCAGUAUGGACAGAUCAGCUCUGAACCUCUGUUCUUAGAUGUCCAGUAUGCUCCAAAGCUUCCCUCUGUGUCAGUGAGUCCCUCUGCUGAGAUAAAGGAGGGAAGUUCAGUGACUCUGACCUGUAGCAGUGAUGCUAACCCAGCAGCUAAUUAUACCUGGUACAAGGAGGAUGAAGACUCAGUAAAAGCUUCAGGACAGAUCUUCAUCAUCACCAACAUCAGAGCUGAGCACAGUGGGAGUUAUUACUGUGAAGCCCAGAACAGCAGAGGACGUACUAACUCCACCUUCCAUCUGACUGUUGUUCCAGGUGCAUUGAAAUCAGCAGCUGCCGGAACAGUCACUGCUGCUCUCCUGGCUCUCAUGCUCCUCGCUGUGUUCCUGUGGAUCAGAAGAAAGAAGUCUCGCACGGCCGGAGAGAGACCUGACAGCAGAGCGCAGCUAAACGUGGGUCCGGUGUACGACACCCCGUCAGCUGCAGCACAGAGACGACCAGCAGAACAGCAGGAUGACCUUCACUACGCCAGCAUCUGCCUCUCACAGCAGAACACAGAGGCCGUCUACUGCAACGUCGGGCGAGUUCAACCCCAGAGAGGAACAGAGGAAGACGAGGAGGAGGAGGAUGGGGUUGAUUACUCUGUUGUCAGAUUUGACAAAGGCAGCAGUGCAGCAGGAACAAGAAUUCAAGAAGAUGGGGAGGAUCCAUGUGCUCUGUACAGUGCAGUCAACAAAAAACUAUAAGAACACAACAUGAAUCUGUGGUUUGUUAUUCAUACAUGAUUCUAAACAUCAAGAAAAAAUAAAAACAUAUAAACCACAGU